AUGAUAAAGGAUAAAAAAGAAAAUAUUUUAUCUUAAUGUAAUAAUAACUUAUAGUCAAAUUAAGAUAUUAUUACUCAAAACCUAGUUACCUAAACUUAGUAUGGCUCUCAUGAAAAUUUGGAAUAACAAAUCAAAAUAAAUUCCAAAGAAGAGUUAUCUCAAAUAAAUUUUUUGAGCUAAGAAAGCGAUUUGACUAUUCAAAGAGGCUUGAAAAGUAAGAUUGAAAAAUUUAGUAAAAGUAGACUAUUUUCAAGUGAUAUUUGCUCAAUAGUUAACCAGGAAAAAUAAUAAAUUGCUAUUAUAUCUACUGUAGAGACUUAAUUAAAUUGUUCUAAUCCAAGUUAAGAAAAGUGUAUACCUUCUUAAUAAAGAGAGCUUACUAUCCUUACAAAAACUAAUAAGGACUAGUAAUAAUUAGUUCAUUAAGAUGAUGGAUGCGAUACCUAAUUAAAAUCAAAAAUUUAUUCUAUAAAAGAAAAUUAGCAAAUUAGACCAUUAAAAAUUCAAAGUAAUUAACAAGGAAGUUAAAAUUAGCAAAAUAAUUAAGUUGAUUAUGCAUAAGUAUUAUAAAAAGAUUAGGCACAAGUUAAAACUUAUCAGAGAGAAGGAGAGUCAAAAACAGCAUAGACAUAAAAAUAAGUAGGGAAUAAUGAGAUAUCAUAAAAAAUUGUUAAUAUUGUAAAUGAAGAUUUAAUGUAAUAGUUUUCCUCUUAAGCAUAUAAAGAUUAAAUUAAAGAUAAAGAGUAAUUCGAUAAUACUAAUAAUCACCCAAUUAAAUUUGAAAAUAAAGGAGGCCUAGAAGAAGCAUGCUUUACAAAUUUAAGUGAUAAAUUUUAAGAUGAGGAGAUUAAGAAUAUAACAAGAGAUAGUUAUAUAACAAACUAAAGCAUAUCAUAAAAUGUUCUAAUUACUAGUGAGAAAAUUAAAGAAGAAUAGAUUCCACUCAUGCAAGGUGAAACAUAGGGAUUAUCUGACUAUGGAAUAAAUAACUAAUAAUAUGAGAGUUUAAUUGACUAAUUGUCUUAUCUAAAACAUAACGAGCUCACUUCUUUAAAAAAGCAAUAUGAAGAAUACAGAUUUGAAGGUUAUGAAUAAAAAUAAUAUGAUAGAGAUGAAUAUACUGGAGUAAUUUAAGAAAGAGAAUGGAAGCAAGAGGUAUUUGAUGCUAUCAAUAAAGGUGUAUUUAAAAAUAAUAAUUUUGAAAAAUAAAAAAGUGAUAUAAUUGAUCAACUUAAGAAUUAAAAUCUUUAUAUCUGCAAGCUGUUACAAUCAAGUAAAAAAGGAGAUUUAUUUAUUGGGUAUGAAGAAUUAGAUAUAGCUUAAUAUAAUGAUCACCUAAUUAAAAUUAGUUAUAAGCAAACAGAAAAAGAAUUAGAACGAGAUAUUUCAAUUUUAUAAGCCCUAAGGUUAAAUAAUUAUUAGCACUUUGAAGUAGAGUGGAACAAUACCUAUAUUCAGGUUUUACCCUUGAGUGAAUGCUAGUUAGUUGAAUUAAAACUGAAGAAUUUUUUGAUGGAAGCCUUGCCUAAACUGAACUUCUCUAAAAUAGGAAGAUAUUUAGAAAUAAUAAUAAAAAAUAAUUAAUUUUUUAAAGAGGAAAAAGUUAGGAAAUAAAUAGAUUUCUUAUUUUCUUUUCUUAAAGAUUAGAAAUAUUAUUUAUGCGAGUUUUAUGAUUAAGAUAUUAAAGGAAUCUAACUUUCGGUCAAUUAUUCCCAAAUCAUUAGAUCUUUUUAAGAUUUUAUCUUAAAUGCAAUUUUUGGUUUAAACUUAGUAAAAGAAAAUCAAUAAUUUUUAUUAACUUCUAAAUUCCAUAAAAAAAAUGAUUUUAAAAAUAUUAAAUUAGAUAAAAAAAAUUAUUAUAAGUAUAAAAAGAGAUUUUAAUAAAGGUAUUAACAAUUUUUAAAAAGGAAAAAAAAUGAAUUUUUCAGCUCAAAAUAAAUUAAAAUUAUUUCACUAAACAAUCAAGAUUGUAUUAUUGAUAAAAUAUCUCAAAAAGAAUAAGAAGAUUUAUCUAAAAAGUCAGAUGAUGACUCUAAUAAUCAAGGGAAAUAAAAUGAAUCAGAUCUUGAACAUAAAAAGAAAAUAAUAUUCAUAAAUAAUUUAGAUUAGAGUUCUUAGAUCAAUGACGAAGUAAUUUAAGAAUACUAUUUUUCUGAAAUCCAAGAUUUUUUGAAAUAAAAUGAUAUUUUAGAACAAAUAAAUGAAUACAACUUUAAAGUAUAUCAAAAUGAAUAAUACAAAUAUUAAGAAUAUGAAAAAAAUGAAAUACGUAAUUAUAAUGUAAGAUAAUGGAGUAAAAAGCUAUUUGAAAUAGAAAAUUAAAAACUGGUUUUUAAUGAAUAACUUUUGAGUUAAUAAAAAUCAAUAUUGAAGAUACUGAAAAAUAAACAGUAUUAUUUAUGCAAGUGUUUUGAAUCAAAUGAGAACAAAACUACUUUUAUAGGAUAUAAAUAAUUAUCAAAAGAAUAUUAUGAAGAUUACAUAUUUAUAAUUAAAUAAAAACCAACAGAAUCAGAAAUAAAGGAAUAUGAUAUUAUAAGAGAAUUUAAAGAGGAAGUCAAUCUUUUUAUUUUACCAACUAAUGAGAUUCAUAUCUUUAUAUUAAAAAGGGAUGUUUAUAUUCAGUAUUAUAAUAUCUUUUCAAAGCUUAAACCUAUGAUUGGGUGGUCAAAGGAAUAAUUUAACUAAAAGAAUGAUAAAAUAUUAAAUUAGAAAAACUGUAAUUAAUGUAACGAAUGCAAACAAGGAUAGGAGUGUUACUAUUAUUAUGUUUUUGAAGAAUUUAAAUAAAACUAAGAUAUAAUUUUUUAAAAAUUGGAAGAAAAGCAAUACCGUCUUACCAAGUAUUUAAAUAAAGGAGGAUGUGGAUUAAUUUUUGAAGGCUAUAAAAAUUCUUUGGUUGAAUAUCAAGAAUUAGCUUUCAAAAUCUUAUUUAAUGAAGAUGCUUAGACUGAACUUAAUAUUAUGGGAUUGUUCGAAAUGCAUGAGUAUGUGGUUAAAACUAUCGAUCAUAUUAAAAUAAAUGAGACAAUAGAUGUUUUAGUUUUAGAAAAAUGUGAAUGUAGUUUAUAAGAAGAGUUACAAAAAAUCUAAAAAGAGAGAAAUUUUCCUAGAGAGAAAUUGUGCAAAAUGAUAAAUCAGUUAAUAGAUGGCUUAAUUUAAUUUAGAAUUUAUAAUAUUGUGCACCUUGAUAUUAAACCAGCUAAUAUUCUCAUUUCUAGAUAUGGUGAUUAUCUUUUUACUGAUUUUGGUAUUUCAUCUAUUAAAAAUAAAAAAUAACAACAAAUUGAAAUUAAAGGUCACACAAAAGCUUAUGCUUCCCCUGAAUAGAUUGAAGCAAUCAAUUCUAAAUCUGGAUUUAGUACUGAAACAAACUUUUAAUCUGAUAUUUACUCUUUAGGGAAAACAUAUUAAAAAAUAAUUGAAUACUAUGAAAGUGUCCAGCCUGAUGAUAAAAAAGUUAUAGCAGGAUUUAAAGAUAUAAUUUAAAAUCAUAUGCUUUAAAAAAAUCCAAACGAUAGAAAAAAUUGUUUAGAUUUACAUUAAUUAUUAUUAGAAAAAAUAUUAGAAAUUGGUUGCUUCGAAGUGGAAACAAAUAUAUCUCAAAUUGAUAAAUUAGAAGAUUUUAAUUUCAAAAAAGAAGCUUGUCUCUUUUAAGAAAUAAAAAUUCAAUACUAUUAAAACUAUUUAAAUGUUUUAUAAAAAUAUUCUGCUUAAAAUCUUGAUGAAAUUUAGAAAACGGCAGUAAAUUUGAAUAUAGCAUUGGCCUACAAAUUAAUAGGAUUUUGUUUUUAUAAUCUUAAUAAAUAUUAAAAUGCAUUAUAAUAUUUAUUAUUAUCUCUAAAUUUGAUAAAAUAGUAUCCAGAACCUAUUUCAUUAGCUUCAUUUCAUUACGCUAUUGCUUCAUGCUUUUUAAUCCUUGGCGAUUAUUAAAAUGCUUUAGACAAUUAUUAAGAGUCUCUUAAAAUGCUGUCAUAAGUUUUCAAUAAAGGUCACCCUAAUAUUGCCAAAAAUCUCAGAAAGAUUGGUAUUUGUUUAAUUUAUUUAGGAUAAUACUAAAAGGCAUUAGAAUAUACUGAGAAAUCUCUUUAAAUGACAAAAGAUGUUUUUGUAGAGAAUCACAUUGAUAUUGCUAAUUCCCUGGAUAAUGCUGGGGAAUGCUAUUAUUAUUUUGGUGACAAUUAGAAGGCAUUAGAAUAUUUAUAAUAAUCUCUAAAAAUUAAAAGAUAAUUCUAUAAAGAGAAUCAUAUAUCAAUCGCCGAAACUCUUAAUUUAAUUGGAUUAUGCUAUAUUUAAUUUGAUUAAAAUGAAAUAGCCUUAAAUUUUUUAUUAGAAGCUCUUGAAAUAGAAUAAAGUUUGAUCGAAAUUAAAAACAACCAAUCAGUUGCAAAUUACAUGAAUAGUAUAGGCACUUGUUAUCAAUAUCUUGGUCAUUACUAAAAGGCUUUGGAUUACUAUGAAAAAUCUCUUAAUAUAAGAAGACAACUUUUCUAAAAGAAUCACCCUAAUAUUGCAUAAUCUCUGAAUAACAUUGGGAAUUACUAUUAUAUUAAAGGAGAAUACAAGAAGUCUUUAAAUUAUUUGUUGGAAUCUCUUGAAAUCAGAAAACAACUUUUCAAAGAGGAUCAUCCUGACAUUGCCCAUUCACUCAAUACUAUAAGUCAAAUCCUACGAAAAUUAGGUUGUAACUAUAAAAGUUUAUUAGAGGAAUCUCUUAAAAUAAAUAGAAAAUUUUUGAAAUAAAAUCACCCUGAAAUAGCAAGGUGUUUGAAUAAUCUAGGGUUUUUCUAUUUAGAUAGUGGUAAUGAUCAAAAAGCUUUAGAAUACUUUAGGGAGUCUUUAAAAAUUUAUAAAUAAUAAUUCAAAAAAGAUAAUUCAUAAAUAGCGACAAUUCUCAAUAACAUUGGAUUAUGUUAUUUUUAAACUAAAAAUUACUUAAAAGCAUUAAAAUAUUAUCAAAAAUCUCUUAAAUUAAGUAAAUCAAUAGAGAAUUAAGAUUUAGCUAUAUCUUUAUUUAAUAUUGCUAGUUGCUAUGAAAAGAUUGGCAAUUACAAAAAGGCUUUAAUAUAUUUUAUAGAAUCUCUUGAAGUAAUGAAAAAAAUCACUUUAUACUAUCACUCUAUUACUGCUUUAAUUCUAAAAAAAAUUCUUUCUUGCUAUAAAGAUCUUAAAGAUGAAGAAAUGAUGAAAUAAUAUGUUUCAGAAUAUUUACUAUUGGAAAUAUUUUUAAAUAAUAAACCAUAAAAUUGA